AUGAAAUUAGGAUAUAAUGAAAUAAUGAUUGUCUCAAAGUAUUUUGAAGAUAUUAAUGAUUUUAUUAAUUUAGAAAUGGGAGUUAAAAGAUUUCAAGGAAAUAUGGAACGAUUUCAUUUUAAUCCAAUUCCAUUGAAUCAAUAUUCAAGAAAAUUGUUUCCUAAUAUUGAAACAUUUCAUAUUUAUAAUAAAGAAGAUAAAAUAUUUAAAGAUGGAAGAAUAAUUAAAUAUGUAAUAUGGUAUAAAGUAAGUUAUUCAAGAUAUUUAGAAGAGAAAAAAGCAAUGAUUGAAUGUAAAAAUAUUGAAUAUACACGAAAAUAUAGAAAUAUAUUUGGAAAUACAAUACAAAAAGAAGUUAAUUCACAUGGAAAUUAUUGUUUUUAUGGAUGUAAUGAUAUUCAAGAAAGUGAAAUACCAACAAGUGUAAGUAAAAUAGGAUAUGGAUGUUUUUCUGGAUGUUCAUCAUUAAAAACAAUUAAUAUACCAUCAUCAUUUACAUCAUUUGGAAUUUGUUGUUUUUAUCAUUGA